AUGACAGUCAACGGAAAUAUGCCGCCUUCUCUUGCGUCUCCAUCGUUCACUUUACCCCAGGGCACUCAGCAGUACGGUGACUACACGCAGAAGAUGGCGCCGGCUAAGACCAACCACCUCAAAGACAUUGGUUCUCAACGUGGCAUCUCUCACACAGGCCAGAGGUCCGAUAACUGGCGUUCAUCUGGUCACGCAUCGUUCAGCAAGUCCAAGCGUCAUCCAUCCACCAUGGUCAACCCUGCGCCAGCAUUUCCACGCACGAUGACCGACAUCCCGGAGUAUUUGGCUGUACAGGAGAUGGCUUUCCGUCAAGGUCAGAAUGACUCAGGAAACUCUCGCAGCAGGGUCCCAGCAAGCCCCUUCGCAAGCCUCUUCGACCAGGUCUGGGAGCGCUUCUUCCAAAUGGGUGCAGCCUACGGAGGAACGCCUGCUACAUCGCCCGUAGAGCCGUCUCCCACUCACGAGAACUUCGUUUGGUCUAUCCUGAUCAACCCCGCUACACAGGAUCUAGCGCAUCUCAACGGUUCCGUGGACAUGGGAUGGGCUCAUAAGAUGUGCAGCAUGUCUUUGAACUGCAUGGAAGAGCUCAUCCGCGUCGUGCGCAACCGUCCCAAGGACUGGGAGAAGAUCGUCUGCGACAUCCCUUUCCCGGUCAAGCAGACCAUAGUGGCCUUCCCUGACCUCUGCGAGUACUACGACGCCCUCCAGCAAGAGGCCAACGAUGCGUUCGGCGGCGGCUUCUGA